AUGCUGUGUCCCGCUCUGCUGUGUGCUGCUCUGCUGCUCCUGUCGCCCCUGGAGCCCACAGAGGGACGGGCGCUUCAGCCUUCCCCCAACGCCGCACAGUUCAUCGAGCAAUUUCUGGAACGCUACAACGACCUUUUGACCCUGGACGACUUGGAGAACAUGCUGAACAGCCCUCCCGACGAAGCCCCCCCCUCCGCCGGCUCCACGGGGGGUAAGUCCGGGGAGUACCCUCCGAACCCCGCCCCUGCCGCCUCCGCCGCCGAUACCCAGUGGCUGCGCCUGCUCAAGGGGGCGCUGGCCAAUCAGAAGAGAGCAGAGCCGGACCGACUGAGGAGGGGCUGGGACCGGGGAUGUUUUGGGCUCAAACUGGACCGGAUCGGAUCCAUGAGCGGACUGGGGUGUUAG